AUGCUGAAGACCUGCCCUUCAAGCUGUGAUUCCGCGGCACCAGCUGGAGCAGCUCCUGCCAAGGAGUUUGAUCAGCCGAGUCCAGCUCGGCAGCAACCGGCAAAGCCCAGAAAUGUGAGUCGAAAUUUGAAGGAGGAGCAGCAGCGGCAGCAGGAGGAGAUCAAGCGCCGCGCGGAGCAGCUCCGCCGCGAGCGGCAGAACAAGACCCGGCGCGGAGCAGCGGCGACAGCCGCAGAGAUCCCGGUGAGCACAACGACAACGACAGCGACUGUAACAACGACAACGACAACAACAACAACCAGAGCUGCAGCUGAGCUGGCUGAAGCUGAAAGAGUUGAAGCUGAAAGAGUUAAAGCAACUGAGAAAGUUGAAGAGAUUCAGAUUGAAGCAAAGGCCAAAGAUGCCGAGCCGGAGGCUUUGAAACCAUGGCAGAUGCCAGCGCCUUCGGAUGUUGAUGAUGAGACGUUUAAAUGCAUGCGCGAAAAGUUUGAGAUUGCGCGUCAGCUUGAUGAUGCCAAUGCACGCGAGCAGAGCGUUCGAGAGAGGGCUGAAGCAGCCAACGGUCGAGCCAGUGCUUCAGAGCAACGCCACCGAGACUGUUUGAAAGACUUAUCAGAG